CCCUCAGUGCAGUCAGAGCUGAGAAGGGAGGCAGUUUGUGUCUCAUUCAGUGGAUGUUCAGUGGUUUUUGAACAACUUUGAGUUGUCUGAAAACCAGCUGACUGACAGUUCAGGUUUUAAAGGAACCGUCAUCAUGUUGAAGAGCCAGAUGUGGUCACUUCUUCUGAUUCUCUAUGCCAAGAACCUGGAGGCCUUCUUGGUUUCUCCAGGACCAGAUCCAACAACAGUGACACCUACAGAGAAUGCCACCACAGCCAGUGGUGUAGCAAUGGGGAAAGUGCAGGAAGAUGACAACUUAACCAAGGUUGGUGAGGAAAUUAUCAACGUGGCCACGGAAAUCCGUGAGAUUGUGGAGGAUUGGAGUGCGAUCAUGACUGCCUCGACCACUAACGAAGGCUUGAGUCAGAAGAUGGAGACAGUUAAAUCAAACAUAAACCUAGAGGGCUCCUUGGAUUCCCAAGAACCAGAUUCCGCAACAGAAACACUCACAGAAACUGCUCCUACAGCCGCUGGUGUAACGAUGGUGACUGUGAAGAAGGAUGGCAACAAAACUAAGGUCAGUGAGGAAAUUAUCAAUGUGUCCAUGGAAAUCCACAAGUUUGUUGAAGAUUGGAGCCCAACCACGACCUCCUGGACCACUAAUGAAGGCUCAACUCAGAAGGUGGACACUGCUAAACCAAACAUGGACCUGGAAGUCUCCUUAGUUCCCCAAGAACCAGAUUCCACAACAGUGACACAUAAAGAGGAUACUCCUUCAGCUGGUGGUGUAACAAUGGAGACUGUGCUAGAGGAUGACAACAGAACUAAGAUUGGUGAAACAAAUAUCACUGUGGCCACAGGAAUAUAUAACUUUAUGACGGAUGAGAGCACAACUACGACCACUUGGACCACUAACGAAGGUUUGACUCAGAUAGUGGAGACUGCUAAACCAAACAUGAACCUAGAGGACUCCCUGGUUUCCCAAGAACUAGAUCUAAUAACAGUGACACCUACAGAAAAUGGCGCUACAAACACUGGUGUAACGAUGGAGACGGUUAUGGAGGAUGACAACAGAACCAAGGUCGGUGAGAAAAAUAUUAGUGUAGCCACAGAAAUCCAUAAGAAUAUGAAGGAUUGGCAGACAACCACGACCUCCUGGACCACUAACAAAAGCUUGACUCAGAAGGUGGAGACCGCUAAACCAAACAUGAACCUGGAGGCCUCCCUGGUUUCCCAAGAGCCAGAUGCAAUAACAGUGACACCCACAGAAACUGCAGCUACAAACAAUGAUGUAAUGAUGGAGAUGGUUGUGGAGGAUGACAACAGAACUAAGGUCGGUGAGAAAAUCAUCAAUGUGGCCACAGAAAUCCAUAAGGAUUUGGUGGACUGGAACUCAGCCACAACUGCCUGGACCCGUAACGAAGGGUUGCUUCAGAAGGUGAAUGAUGCUGAACAAAACAUGAGCCUGGACGCCUCCUUGGUUUCCCUAAAACCAGAUCCCACUACAGUUAGACCCACAGAGAUUGCCACUACACCUGGUGGUGUAACAAUAGAGACAGUGAAGGUGGACAACAGAACUAAGGUCACUAAGGACAUUAUGAAUGUGUCCACGGAAUUCCGUAAAUUUGUGGAGGAUCAGAGUACAUCCAUGACUGCCUGGACCACCAAUGAAGGCUUGAGUCAGAAGGUGGAGACCACUAAACCAAACACCAUGGAUCAAACAGAAGAAAAUGGCAUCACUUUGUCACAGCUUAUUGGAGACCCUCCUCCAGAUGGCAUCACUAAAGUCUCUGGACCUGCAGGCGAGCCUGCCUACAGUUUGACCUCUGCAGAUGUAACGGGCCAGCUGGCCUGGUCUCAUAUCGGCAAAACUUUCUUCCGUGACUUCUCCCUCAUUUUCUACGUCAAGCCCACCUCCCCUGCCGCUUCGGUCCUCUUCGCCGUCACAGACGGGCCUCAGAAGCUCAUGUACAUCGGGGUGAAGCUCAGCGCGGUGCAGUCCGGCCGUCAGAAGGUGCAGUUCUUCUACACCGAACCCGACUCCGAACAUUCGUACGAGGCAGCCAGCUUCGACGUGCCGAGCAUGCUGGACACGUGGAACCUCUUCGCCCUGUCGGUGUCCGACGACGAGCUGACGUUUUAUCCAGAGUGCGCCACGGAUCCGCAGGUGGUGAAAUUUGAGCGCUCGCCCGAUCCCAUGGAACUGGACCCCGGAGCUGGGGUCUUUGUGGGCCAGGCAGGAGGAGCAGACCCAGACAAGUUUGAGGGUUUGUUUGCAAAGCUGAAGUUGGUGGGAGACCCCCGAGCAGUUGAGCGCUUCUGUGACGAGGGCGACGACCCAAGUGACGCUUCUGGUGAAGGCAGUGGUGAAACCAACAGGAAGCUGGAGGAAAACACUGUGCAGACAACUCCCCUACCACAUCCAUUUCCAAAGCCACUCGUGAUUCCCUCAAAAGAUAGAAAAGUCACUUUGUCCCAGCUGGUGGUAGACCCUCUUUCUCAACGAAUCAAGAUCUCUGAUGCUUCUUCCUACGAAUUCACCUCUGCAUCAAAUGUGGUCCACAAGGCUCUGACAUACGUCCCCAAUCCUUUCUACGGCAAUUUCACCAUUUUUUCCCGCUUUCUGAUCGACCCGUCAGCUGCCGCCGUCCUCUUCUCCAUUACAGAUAAGUCAGAGAAGCUCAUGCACAUCGGUUUAAAACUCGGUGCAGUGCACUCUGGUAGACGAAAGGUGCAGUUCUUCUACACUGAACCCGGAUCCGAGGCUUCCAAUGAAGCAGCUAGCUUUGACAUACCGAGCAGGGCGUACAGGUUUUAUAUUUUAGGGCUGAUUGUGGCUGAGGAUCAGGUGACUUUGUACACGGACUGUUCUGAGGAUCCACAGGUGGUGAAGCUUGGGCAUUCGCUUAAUCCAGUGAUUCUCGACGAGAAGGCCAAGCUAUUUUUGGGUCAGGCAGGGCAUGCUGACCCGGACAAAUUUGAGGGUACAUUCUCAGCGUUUGAAUUGGUGGGAGAUGCUCAGGGAUUUAAACGCAUCUGUGACAAUGAGGAUUACACCGUGGAAAUUGUUAAUUCUCCUGAGCUGCAAUAUAUAACUCGAUCAGAAGCCAGAAUCACAGGCUCCACAGGUCAGAAGGGUGACAAAGGUGACAAAGGUGAGAAGGGUGACCAAGGUCCUGCAGGACCAAAGGGAGAUUCAGGUACCAACUUGGGUUCUAGUUCCUCCUCACAACAUGCAGAACAAGGACAGCGAGGAGAAAAGGGAGCAAAGGGUGAUUCUGGCUUCGGAUAUCCCGGCAAAAAAGGUGAACGUGGUGCCCAGGGCCCCCCCGGCCCCCCUGGCCCACCAGGACCUGCAGCUGAGGUGCUCCAACUCCCAGAUGGUUCUGCUGUGCACAAGGUGGCUGGGCCCCCUGGCCCACCAGGAUCGCCAGGGUUGGACGGUGCUGCAGGGGAGGAUGGAGAGCCUGGGGAUCCAGGAGAAGAUGGAAAAACUGGUCCUGCUGGGCCACAAGGUGCUCCAGGAAGUCCAGGAACCCCUGGUGCCAAAGGCCAAAAGGGUGAGGCUGGAGACGGUCAACCUGGUCCUAGAGGCCCUCCAGGUCCACCAGGACCUCCUGGAACUGGCACUGGGGAUCGUUCCACUUUUGUUGACAUGGAGGGAUCAGGAUUCCCAGAUUUGGAAAAAAUCCGGGGUCCACGUGGUCCACCGGGCCUCCCAGGUCCUCCUGGUCUUCCUGGAAUACCUGGUACUUCAGUGGCACUAGGACCUGAUGGUCCAAUAGCGUUUGGGCCUUCUGGUCCCCCAGGACAAGAUGGAGCCCCUGGUCUCCCAGGCCUACCUGGUCCCCCUGGUCUUCCUGGUCCACCUGGGCCCAGAGGAGAAAAGGGUGACAGCGGUUAUCUCGGUCUCCCUGGUCCAGCUGGAGAAAAGCAAGAGGAAGUGGACAACAACCCUUUCAAUUACCUGUUUUCUUUCUUUGCUCCGUCCUCUACGGGUGCUCAAGGUGACCCAGGAAAGACGGGUACGUCAGGACAGACUGGUCUGGCAGGGCUCCCAGGUCCAAUGGGACCAGUUGGGCCUCCAGGACCCCCUGGACCACCAGGUCCACCAUACAUUGUUGGUACUAGUGACCAGAAAGGAAAGGAGGUGCUAAAUGCCUUACCUGGACUCAGAGGCCCACCUGGACCUCAGGGUCCACCUGGCAUACCUGGUCUACCUGGUAAGCCAGGUAUUCCUGGUGACCAUGGAAUCAAAGGUGCAGAAGGACCACGAGGACCUGCUGGGAACCCAGGUUUGGACGGAUACCCCGGACUCCAGGGUGAAAAGGGAGACAGAGGAGAGAAGGGUGAGAUGGGUUUCCCGGGUCGAGAAGGUGGGCCACCUGGUCCUCCAGGGCCUCCUGGCCCUCCAGGUCAGAUUGUCUACCAGUCGACAAGAGAUUUUAACGAGGUUUAUUGGAACGAGGUGGGGCAGGGUGUCUCACGUCGAACAGGACUCCCAGGUCCCAUGGGUCAAAAAGGAGAUAAAGGAGACAUAGGUGCUCCAGGAUAUGCUCCUAAGGGACAAAAAGGAGAACCGGGGAUCAUUUUGGGACCUGAUGGGAAACCUAUGCAUCUGGGAGGCUUGGCAGGACAGCAGGGUGAAAUGGGAAGUCCUGGCCCAGAGGGACCUCCAGGUCCAUAUGGGCCACAAGGGCCCAAAGGAGAAAUUGGUUUCCCCGGCAGACCAGGCCGACCAGGAUUAAAUGGUGUCAAGGGAGAGAAGGGAGAAGCAGGAGCUGGAGAUGGUUACAGUUACCCUGGUCCCCCAGGUCCACCAGGACCCCCUGGACCUCCGGGACCUCCAGGACAUUCCACUGACAGAAUCGGAGGGUACAAUGAGCACUCCAGUUUUUACCCUGUUAAAGGAGAGAAAGGUGAUCGAGGACCACCGGGGUUACUUCAUAUUUCAGGUCUGGAGCCAGGCUUUGAUAUUUACGCUUUUAAGAAUGAGCUGAAAGGUGAGACGGGAUUAAAAGGAGAGAAAGGAGAACCUGGAGGAUAUUAUGACCCCCGAUAUGGAGGGAGCGCAGCUGGACCUCCAGGAGUCCCUGGACCUCCGGGCCCUCCAGGAGAAAGAAUUGUUGGACCACCGGGACCUCAGGGGCCACCUGGACAACCAGGAAGAGGCUCUGAUGGUCGACCUGGACUUCCUGGACCACCUGGACCACCUGGACCAUCCCUGUCUGGACCGUACAGGGGCACACAGACUAUCAGUAUUCCUGGACCACCAGGACCACCUGGAACUCCAGGUCUACCUGGACUGUCUUCAGGGGUGAUGGUGUUCAAAUCCUAUGACAUCAUGGCAGCCACAGCCAGAAGACAACCUGAAGGGUCUCUGGUUUACAUAACAGACCAAACAGAUCUCUAUGUACGAGUUCGAGACGGAGUUCGUCAAGUUCAGCUGGGGAACUAUAUUGCUUUACCAAGUCUGCCUGGUAAUGAACUCGGAGCUGUGGAGCCACCGCCCAUCGUCCCCUACUCACCGGACCUCUACAGACAACCUGUGAAUCCAGUCCAACCGGAUCCUCAGUAUCCUCCACAGACUGACCCCAGGUACCCCAGUUACUCAGACCGCUUCAACGGAGCAGAUGGUCGAUAUGUAGACCCUCGGUACCCAGUCACACCUCCACGGAGACCUCCACCUCCUCAGAGUCUCAUCCACAGCCACAGCUCAGGACCAGCGCUCCACCUCAUCGCUCUGAAUAGCCCACACACAGGCUCCAUGAGAGGAAAUUCAGGCGCAGACUUACUGUGUUUCAACCAGGCUCAGGCCAUCGGGCUGAAGGGAACGUUCCGAGCCUUCCUGUCCUCCAAACUCCAGGAUAUCCACAGCAUCGUCCGCAGAGACGACAGAGACAAUGUGCCAAUAGUUAACUUGAAGGAUGAGGUUCUGUUUGACAACUGGAAUGGCAUCUUCUACAACGGCCGAAUGAAGGACAACGUUUCAAUCUACUCCUUUAAUGGCAAGGACGUCCUCAGAGACGACACAUGGCCGGAGAAGAUGGUGUGGCACGGCUCGACCAGCGGGGGUCAGCGGCACCUUGACAGCUACUGCGAGUCGUGGCGCGUCAGCCACCGGGCGGUGACGGGCAUGGCCACGUCGCUGCAGAGCGGCGCCCUGAAUCAGCAGACCUCCAGCAGCUGCUCCAGCUCCUAUGUCGUGCUCUGCAUCGAGAACAGCUACGUCGACCACGCCAAGAGAUAAACGCACAGAAAUGGAGCGAUGAGCACACACACUUCUGUCUGUCUUUACACCAAUUGUGAUUAUUAUUAUUUUUAAAUGUUAAUUUUUUUAUGUUACUCUUCCUACAUGGUGCUACACAGAUUUCUCACACAGGCUUAAAAAGUCGAGCUCAGGUGAUCAACAGCUUCUCACUCUGUUAACUGUAGCAGAAGUCUCUUAAGGGCCAAGCACACUCCAUCCACAGCCCACUCCCAGUCACGUUGCGGUGGGACGUUCAGUUUUGCACUCACCUCUCGUAGUUUGAGACACACAACUCCUGCUGCUGUACACAUCAGAGCACGGGUUUCUUCUUACUGGAGUUUUUACUCUGAUAUCCACAAAUUCGUAAUGGGUAGAGCGCCACACUUUUUGGUAAACGGAUUCGUCCGUGUACAUUGUCUGUACUCUCUCCAUCCAGAGGUAUUUGGCCAUUUAUCUAUCUUUAGAAGUGUUUGGAAAAAUCAUUAAAUCCUCUUCUCCAAGGGCAUGGCUUUAAGCGCUUCACAUCAAUUCAGCUUUGGCCAAAUGUGUCUCCAGGUUUUUGGAGUCACCUCAGCAGUGGUUCCAGGUCAAACCCAGUAUUGCUCGUGAAGAAUUUUGACGUCAGCUCAAGUCCAGUCAACUUUAUUUAUAUAGCACAUUUAAAAACAACUGCCGUUGACCAAAGUGCUUCUUGCAACUAUUAAAACAAAGCAUCACAAACAAUACACAAAUAAUGAUACACCAUAAAAACAGACCAAAUAAAUAGGGAAUAACAACUCUUAUACUACAUUAAAAGCUUUUGGAAAUAGAUGUUUUGAGAUGAGAUUUAAAAACUCGAAGUCUAACGGGUCUAACUCUGACGUGAAGGGGCAGCUGGUUCCACAGUUUAGCAGUGUUGUAUAAAGUACCUCAAAGUGAUACUUGAGUAAAAGUACAAGUAUCUUUUCAU